AUGGCUACCAACCCCAAGGCUGCAACGCAGGAGGAGGCGGACCCGACCCUCCAAGAGUGGCUACAUGUGACACUACAAGCAUGCAUUGCGCCUGACGUGGAUGCCCCGUCCGAGGAGAGCGUCAAGUCGCUCGUGGCUGCCGUCUCGUCGCACCUCGGCUCUGUACGCUCCGCAAGUGACCUCGAGUCUCUACUCGCCGUCUCGGCGCCGACCUCCUCGCUGCGCUUUAUCUGCCCGUACGGCUGCCUCAACGUCCAAGUUGCACUCCCACGCGAGGCCUCCACCCCCGAGUUUGCCGCUGCUGAGCUCGCCUCCAUUAUUGCCUCUCUUGUCCGCCAUUGCUAUGAGGAGCACCCAGACGGCGAGCUCCCGCCGCCCAAGCUCCCGCUCACCUCGCUCGCCUCGCACCGCAUGCCGCCUGGCCAGCACUGCGCCCAUUCGGGCUGCGAGUUCACCUCGUUUGCCGUCGCCGCGCGCUCGCGCAAGAUGGAGGUCCUCAAGCACGAGCAGACCUUUCAGAUCCAUCAGGAGCACUUUGCAAACCAUUCGCUCGUCUGCCCGCGCUGCAUCGAGCUCAUCGGCGAGGGGGUGUGGAGCUCAAACCCCGAAGAGAACAAGCGCGGCGACUUUUCCGCCCGCUCAGACCACGAGUGCGGCCAUGUCGGCUGCAACUGGGUCUCCAUGGCCGCCACCCCGGCCGCCCGCAAGUACUCGGUCUCGCAGCACGAGCGCGCCCUCCGCCCGCACAAGGACCACCGCCUCACCCACGGCGCUAACUGCCCCCGCUGCGUCCUUCUCCUCCAGAAGGGCGUGUGGAAGCCCGAGACUGCCGCAGAGGCCAUGAUCGUCUCGCACGCUCCCAUGCAGGCCACAGAGCAGCAGUCAUACGGUGGCCGGCCUGAGCUCGGCGGCAUGGUCGGCGGAAACUUUGACUACGACUACAUGGCAGCUGCCCAGAUGGCCCUCGCCGCCGCCCAGAUGGCCCAGAUGCAGGCCCAGAUGCAGCAGCAACAGCAGCAGGGCGCUCCCGGCGACGAUUCGAACUCGGCCAUGCAGGGCAUGGGUGGCAUGAUGGGCAUGGGCGGCAUGAGCCCGUACGGCAUGCCGUUUGGCAUGCCCAUGUUCAUGCCAGGCAUGAACGGCAGCGCUCCGGGCAUGAUGCCCUCGUUUGGCAUGCCCGGCAUGCCAGGCGCUGAUCCGACCCAGCAUCAGGCCACACAGCCCACUCCCGCCCAGCCCGCCGCCCCUGCCCAGCUUGCCGCUCAAGGCAGCCAGGCCACCUCCGAGGCUCAGCCGCCCGCUGAGCCCUCGACCCAGCAGCCGACCAAGGAUGGUGCCGGCGAGGGUCAGGGCCAGGCCAGCCAAGCCAAGGGUCAGCAGGGCCAGGCCCAGGGCCAGGCCACGCCCAACUUUAUGAUGCCGCCGUGGAUGUCGCCGUAUGGUAUGGGCGGAAUGAGCGCCAUGCCCGGUAUGCCCGGUAUGCCUAACAUGGGUGCCAUGGGCAACAACGGCAUGAUGCCUGGUAUGCCCGGUAUGGGCGGAAUGCCGGGCUUUACCGGCAUGAUGCCCGGCAUGCCCGGCAUGCCCGGCAUGCACAACCAGAGUGUAGCCGCGUCACAGGGCCAGGCGGCCCAGGCCCAGGCCCAGGGCCGGACUCAGGGCCAGACUCAGGGCCAGGAGGCGCAGCCGACCGAGCCGACCCCUGCUCCCACCGACGCUGAGCGCGGUGUCAAGCGGACUGUAGACGACACGGCCAAGAACGGUUCUCUUGGCGAGAACCCCGUCGCCGCUGCUUCCGGUGCUACCGCUCCUCCCCAGGUGCCCGGCCUCGCCUCGGGCGGCCAGCUUCCACCGGCCGACGACGUUCUCGACGAGCCGCCGCUCAAGCGCCAUGCUGGUCUUGCCUCCUGA